AUGUCAUUGUUGAAUCGGCGGAUGAAACCGGAAAAAGAAAAAAUAUUUGCAGAUGCUGAUGGUGCAGCCAAUCUUUUUAAGAGAAAGAACAAUCAAACUACUAUCAAUAGCAUUUUCAAGAAGAGUGUGAGGGAAGAUGCAUGCAUGUAUAUUGCUUCUUUCUUUUACAACAAUGUUAUUCCUUUCAAUGCGGUGAAGAGUGAAGAAUUUCUGAAGAUGUGUGCUUCUAUUGCCCGACAUGGUAUAGGAUUUAAGCCAACAUCAUACCAUGAGCUAAGGGUGACAUAUUUGAACAAACAGGUUGAAGCAACAAAGCUGAUUUUGGAAGAACAUAAAGUUGUUUGGAAGAAAUCAGGAUGCACCAUUAUGACAGAUGGGUGGACGAACCGAAGGAGGAGAACUAUACUUAAUUUUUUGGUAAAUAGUCCUAAGGGAACUACUUUCCUUAAGUCUAUUGAUGCAUCAGACAUCACCAAGAUAGUUGAUAAAGUAUUCAAUAUGAUGGAUGAGAUCGUUGAUGAGAUUGGGGAAGAAAAAGUUGUUCAAGUCGUCACGGACAAUGCAUCAAACUAUAAGGCAGCAGACGAAUUGUUGAUGCAGAAGCGGAAGCACUUGUAUUGGACACCUUGUGCCGCUCACUGCAUCGACUUGAUGCUGGAGGAUUUUGAGAAAAACAUACCCCUCCACAAGGAGACAGUCUCUACUGGUAAAAGAAUUACAACUUAUAUAUAUUCAAGAACUGGCCUUAUGUCUUUAUUGCAUCAUUUUACUAAAGGUGGAGACUUGAUUAGACCUACUGCCACUCGCUUUGCCACUUCCUAUUUGACCUUAGGAUGCUUGAAUAACAAUAAGGGAGCAUUGAUAAGAAUGUUCACAUCUCAGCAGUGGAAAUCUAGUGCUUUUUCAAAGUCGAAUGAUGGAGUUUUUGUUGAAAAUCAUAUUACAGAUAAGGGAUUUUGGAAAAAUAUCAUCAUUUGUUUGAGGGGUGCAUUUCCCUUAAUCAGUGUGCUGCGCAUGGUAGACUCUGAUGAAAAGCCAGUCAUGGGAUCCAUUUAUGAAGCAAUGGAUCAAGCUAAAGAGAAGAUACAAAUUGGCUUCAACGGGGUUCAGAGGAGCUACACUCCCUUAUGGGAAAUCAUUGACAAAAGAUGGGAUAAACAGCUGCACGGGCCAUUGCAUGUUGCUGGUUAUUACCUUAACCCUGUGAUGCACUAUAGUCCUACUUUUAAGGCUGAUUAUGAAGUUAAGGAGGGAAUGUAUGAGUGCUUAAAAAGGAUGGUGGGAAACAGGGAUGAAAGAAUUAAGAUUGAUGAUCAAUUGGAGGAAUUCAAAAGUAAAGUUGGAAUGUUUGGUAGUGAAUUAGCUACAUGUGCACUUAAGACCAAAACUCCGGCACAGUGGUGGGAAUCGUAUGGUGAUACAUGUCCGGAGUUGCAAAGGUUUGCUAUUCGAAUAUUGAGCUUGGCAUGUAGCUCAUCCGGCUGUGAACGCAAUUGGAACGCCUUUGAGAGAGUCCACACCAAGAAAAUGAAUCGUUUAAAGCAAAAGACCAUGAAUGAUGUGGUCUUUGUGAUGGUAAAUUCAAGACUAAACAAGAAGAAGCAAGCUAGGAAAGGAAAGAAUUAUGACAUUGAUGAUCUUGCUUCUGAUGAUGAAUGGGUUGUGGAUAAUGUUGAAGAUAAUUCAGAUUCGGAUUUGGAUGCUCCAAUUGAAGUUGGAGAAGAAAAUGCUAAUGGUGGUAUUGGUGCUGCACUAGGAGAUGAUUUAGAGAUUCCUAAUGACAUUGGUCAUGCUGAAGAUGAAAUUGAUGAGAAUGAAGAUCAUAUGGAGGAUGAUUUCCCUGAUUUAGGAUUGAAUAAUAUCAUGGAUAUCUAG